UAAAAAUUAAAUUAUUUAUUAUAUUUUGUUUAGAAAUUUAAAAAAAUUGUAAUGAUGAGAUGAGUUGAGAGGAAUUGUGAAUGUAAACGAGGCCUAUUGGUUCCAAUUUCAGUUUCUUGAACUUACUUGGCUCAGACUCAGAGAAUCUGUAACGCUCACCACCAACCUGUUCUGCAUGCAUUAACUACUCCACCAUCCAUUUGUCACUCCAGUUUUUGUCCUUCAGCCUUGCAUUCACUCAAAACAAGCUCUCAUAGCAGUGGAUGCCCAGUACUCUGUUUUCCUAGACGGUUUUUCUUUCUUUCUUUCUUUCAAUACGCUGUUUCUUCUAAUUCCAUGGCUAUAAAAAUCACUAGUGUUUUCUCAAUGAGGCACUUGUUCCUGCUUUCUCUGGCUAUGAAUAUCAGCUUGAUCUUGAGGACCAUGUACGAGAGGGAACAUGGCCUUAACUGGCUCUGUUUCGAAGCUCCGAAUGGCCAUCUUUCCCAGAGGACGCGUCUGUCGUUGUCAUCUUCCUCGACCUCGGCAACCACUACGCCAAUUUACGCUCAACCUGGUGGGGACUCGAUUAUCAAUCUCGCUAGGGGUGACCCGAUCAUGUUCGAAAGAUACUGGCGACAAAUGGGAGACAAAGCCACAGUUGUGAUCCCAGGGUGGCAAUAUAUAAGCUACUUCUCUGAUGUGACCAACAUUUGCUGGUUUUUGGAGCCUGAGUUUGCCAAAGAGGUGGUCAGGGUGCACAGAGUGGUGGGAAAUGCUGUGACUGAAGGUCGUCACAUUGUCGUUGGUACAGGUUCAUCUCAGCUAUAUUUGGCUGCUCUGUUUGCUCUCUCUCCCCACAAUGCAUCUGAACCAAUUAGCGUGGUAUCUCAAGCUCCAUACUACUCGUCCUACCCAUCUAUGACGGAUUGCCUCAAGUCAGGCCUAUACAAAUGGGUGGGAGAUGCACAGAGCUUCAAUAAGGAGGGGCCUUAUAUCGAACUUGUCACUUCCCCCAACAACCCUGAUGGCGAUGUGAGGAGAUCCGUGGUCAACAAAAGUGAGGGGAUAUUGGUUCAUGACCUUGCCUACUACUGGCCACAAUAUACUCCAAUAUCUUCCCCCGCGGACCAUGAGAUAAUGCUAUUCACUGUCUCAAAGAGCACUGGCCAUGCAGGGAUGCGGAUUGGUUGGGCUCUUGUUAAGGACCAAGAGGUUGCGAGAAGAAUGACCAAAUUCAUUGAGCUCAACACAAUAGGCGUAUCAAAGGAUUCACAGCUCCGGGCAGCCAAGGUUCUCAAAGCUGUGUCUGAUAGUUCUGAGGAUGCUGCUGGCAACUCGGAAGAAGAUGAAUCAUUCUUUGAGUUCAGCUACCAGCUCAUGGCAGAGAGGUGGAAGCUGUUGAGAAAGGCGGUCGAACACAGAGGAAGUUUUAGUCUACCCGAAUUUCCUCCUGCAUUCUGCACUUUUUUGAAUCGGGUGUCAGAGCCUCAACCUGCUUUCGCUUGGAUGAAAUGUGAGGUUGAUAUAGAGGACUGCGAAAGCUUCUUACAAGGCCACAAGAUAUUAACUCGAGGGGGGAAGGACUUUGGGGUUAGCCCCAAGUAUGUGAGGAUCAGCAUGCUUGAUCGUGACGACAAUUUCAAUCUAUUUGUGAAAAGGCUAUCCACGAUCCACUUAUGAUUUCCGUGGAUCCCCUUGUGAGCAAUUCAUGUACAUUAGAAAAAGAAAGCAAUUUUCCAAUUUAUUUUUGUAAUUAUUAAUGAUUUCUCUCUGCUCGAUUCUUGUGGAAUAUGGCGACUCUGUUUACUUUAUUUAACAUAUUAUGAGGACAGAGAUAAUUUAGAGGAAACAAA